AUGGCCACUCACGUUAUGACCGCUACAACUACCCCCAUCAACCAGAUCUCUGUAUACGGCCACCCUUCUCCCAUGAACUCUGGUUCGAGCACUCCCUCCAACAACUCCCCCACCUCUCCUCGCCAGCAGUGUCUUCCUCUUCAGAAUCGCCAGCUGCGCCCUCCCAAGGCGCCGCUCUAUGUUCCUGCAGCUCUGCGCCCGACCGAGCGGCCCUCGAAGCCCUCGCCUCCCACUCCUCCCCGCAGCGUGCAUGGAUCUCUCGACAGCCUGAACGACGGAGAGACUGGUGAAACUGUCUCUCGUCGCACGACUUUGGAGAGCUUCAGCAGCGGUGGUGGAAUCAGCAAGUUGGCUGAGAACGAGUGGAUGAAGAAUGAACAGCUUGGCGAGGUGACUGGCCUCCCAACCAGGGAUCAUUGGAAGGCGGAUUCUGCUUCUCGCAGCUGCGACUCGCCUACCUGUCGCUCUUCCUUUGGUCUCUUCCUUCGUCGUCACCACUGCCGUCACUGCGGCCACGUCUUCUGCUCUUCCCACACCCCUCAUGCCGUCCCUCUCGACCAGGAGGCUCGCUUCCACCCCGAGGGCGUUCUUUCUCGAGCCUGCGAUCUCUGCUGGAGUGCUUACCAGCGCUGGGACGAGGCACGUGCCGAUCGACUGAACAAGAUCCAAGACCAGAUCGACGCUCAAGAUGAUGACUCGAACAAUGGCGGAGCCAGCCCUACUGGUUCUGUUGCUGCCUCCCUAGCUGAGAAUCGCAAGCAGCCCCCAACCCCCGGCCAGAGCGGCGAAAUUGCUGCCAGCGUUCCUCGCGGCUGGAACUGGAGCACCUUCUAA